AUUUAAAUUUUAACAUUAAUCCAUCAAAGCUCAACAGCUUGAAAUUUGAAUAUAAAUAUUGAUACAUCGAGUAUUGAUAACAGAAAAUAAAGGUGAUAAGGAAGAAGAAUGGAAGUAUUAUCUUUUGUACUCAAUUCACUUAUUCGAUUAAUUUGAUCCAUAGAAAAUCAAUAACAUUCCAUGGAUGUAUUUACAGUUUACCUCUUCAUUAUCACAAUUUUACAACUUUCGGAGCAUAUCAGAUGUGAUUCCGGAAUACGAACGGUGACUACAACAUUUGGUGUGCUACGAGGUGAAAUGGUAAGUCCAAAUGCAGGCGAUUUACCACCUGUGGCACAAUAUCUCGGGGUACCAUAUGGUGUCGCACCUUCCGGACAGUAUCGUUUCAAUAUGGCCAUAUCAGCGGCAAAGUGGACUCAUAUGCCGAAAGAUGCUUAUAGCUUGUCUUCUGUCUGCAUACAAUCCGGAAUUCCAGAGCUUGCUGAAACGAAAGCGCUCAAGACGACAUCAGCGCAACGUUAUGAUCAUAUGCAUAAAUUAUUGCCAAAACUGAAGCCACAAUCUGAGGAUUGCUUGCAUAUGAAUUUAUACGUACCUGAGAGAAUUUCUUUCUAUACGGAUUCGAACCGAAAGCAGCUACCGGUUCUUGUGGUAGUACACGGCGAUGAAUAUGGUUGGAAUAGUGGUAAUCCCUAUAAUGGUACCAUACUUGCAUCAUAUGGUCAAAUUAUCGUUAUUACACUUAAUUAUCGUCUUGGCGUUUUCGGAUUUCUGGGUCGAUGUGAGUCAUCCAGUUGUUCCGGUAAUUCAGGUUUAUCAGAUCUGGUAGCAGCUCUAAAAAUGCUUACAAAUAUUUUACCAGCUUUUGGAGGUGAUCCGAGUUUGAUCACACUCUUAGGAUGGGGUUCUGGUGCAUCCCUGGUUUCUUUACUGAUGGCUUCUCCGAUAACUCAACCCAAUAAUCGAAUGUUUCGACGCGCAAUUCUACUAGACGGUUCUGCGCUUUCUCCAUGGGCAAUGAGUAGAAAUCCUCAAUCAACAUUUUUUCAACUUGCUGAACAUUUGAAGUGUAUCGAAAAAGUGGACAAGAAAAAACAUCAUUUGUAUGAACAAAGAAGUGCGGAAAGUAUCGUACGUUGUAUGCAAGAUCAUUCACCACAAAAUAUUACACGAGCAGCGCGGAAAAUUUCCACACCAACAUUUCUCUCGCGAUUUGCGCCAAUUGUCGAUGGACAGGUUGUACCGAACAAACCAGAAGCAUUAUUUGGAACACAAUAUGGGUCAUUAUUCCGUAAUGUGGAUUUGUUGGUUGGGAUGACCAGUAAUCCGGCUCAUCAUCUGCUUCCAAAUGAUGAUAUACGAUUGGGUAUUGACAAAGAGAAACGUGAAAAAAUUUUUCGAACUCUAAUAAGAAAUCUUUAUGAUUUUCAUCGGAAAGAAAUUUUGGCAGCACUUAUCAAUGAAUAUACAGAUUGGGAUAAUCCAAAGGAUCAUCCGAAAACAAUUCGUAAUGGUGUCCUUGCGGCGCUUAGCGAUGUUCUUUUCGUCGCACCGCUCAUCGAAACAGCUCGACUACAUUCUAUUGACGAUGACAGGGAAACUUCAAAUACUUUCAUGUUUUUGUUUGCUCAUGAAUCGAAGAAUGCAGCGGAAGAGACAAUUGCAAGUGGUAUUCGAGGUUCGAUUUCCGGUGAUCACAUACCGUACAUCUUCGGUUAUCCACUUAAUAAAGACGACGAUCUUUAUUCUGGCUUCACACCUGAGGACCAAAUGAUCUCACGUGUUAUGAUGCACUACAUCUCAAAUUUCAUUAAAUCUGGCGAUCCAACCAAACCAGUUCAACUACAAGCCUUAACGCCGAUUGCGGAACGUUUUCAUAGUGCUGCUUGGCCACAACUUACACAACGAAAUCGUGAGCCUUAUCUUGAAAUAACUGAUAGACCUCGAGUGAAAAACUAUUACCGUAAUGCUCAAGUUGGCUUCUGGAAUGGUUUAGUACCACAAUUGCAUGCUAAUGGAAAAGAAGGAGUACCUGUACCUGAGGAACAUCAUUUCCUUCCAAAUCAUUUCAAACGUGAUUCAUUUUUUGGCACUGUAAGACCAUAUGCAAGCUUUGCUAAUGAACCAUUUCCUCCGCCACCUCUUCCUCCAACUCCGCUUCCGAAAUCUAUCGAAAAACUUACUACAUUUCCUUCACGAGAGACAAAUUCUGAUAAAACUUCAACAACUCCAACACCAUUUGUAAAAGCAGCUCAAAACAGUACAAUGUUAUCGGUUACAGUUGCUGUUGGAUGUGGAUUAUUAUUCCUCAAUAUAUGUAUUGGCCUUGGCCUCUACAGGCAGUGUACUAAGAAAGAAGAAACAAAGAAGAAGUUGCAAUUACAAUAUCAAACAUACUCGGCUAAUUACCAAUUAAAUGCUACUACCGAUAUGAACAAUGUUACUGGACAACAGCAAUUAAAUUACAUGUCACCACCACCGCCUCCAUCAUUCAGUCAACGUCCAUCAAUAACGAACUCAAUGACUGCACCAUUGGAUUCAACAUCUUCUAAAACGAACGAAUUUGAAUCGUGCCGUACGGGUUCCUAUCAGAACUACAAUGAUACAUCACAUAAAGAUACAUUAGUCACUAAAUGUAACUUCCAGGAGCAGGAACCGUUAUUGUCAAUGACAAACAAAACAUCGGUAGGAUCAUUGCGGGUUGGUGUAAGUCCAACAUGUCCAAAACAUGGCCGAGCAGCAAUGGCCCAGACAAGUGGUAAAGUUAAUUCAUUAAGUGGCCUAUCUGCUGGUGGACAUGCACUGGAAGAAAUACAAGUAUAAUGCAUGCAUUGCUGUAAUUUGAUCUAUUUUCAUUGAAUUGCACUUUUUAUGCAAAUUUUUUGUUACGUCAUUGAUACAUUUGUUGCUUAUUUUUUAAGACUAAAAUGUCAUUUACUUAGCAUCUUUACAAGUUAGCAACUUAUGAAAUUUUAAACUUCAUUUUGAAUAUUAAGAACUCGCUUGGUUUAACCGAUUGCAAGCCGAAGUUUGCAAGGCUGAAUAAUGUCUCAGUGAAAUUUUUGUUUUGUAAAUCACUCAGUUACAUUCUAAAGCUUGCAAAUAGCAAGCACAUGAUAACCUUCGGAUCUAUCGACCAUCGUUACUGAAGUUCAAAUGACCCGAAUAUCUUGUCUGGACAAAUUUUACCAAUUAAACAAUUAG